UUUUUAUCAUAUCAUGUGCAUAAAAGCUAUUAGUAGCAGCUUUAUGUUAUGUAGCUUUGGCAUCUCCACCGAGGCAUCAGCACCUGCGGUGCUUUCAUUGAUUUUGGCUGUAACUACAAUUAUCUAAUAGAGAUGCACAGACAAUGUGCUCUCAAGGAGAGGUUCGGCUUGUGGGAGGCUCUGUCCCAUCAGAAGGGUGAGUAGAAGUGUGUGCUAACAACGCCUGGGGAACCAUUUCACUUUGUAAUGACUAUUGGAAUAAACGUGAUGCCAAUAUAUUGUGUGUCGACAACUGGAUUCUUCAACUCAUUGGAUUCUAGACUCAAUGCAUACUAGGAACUGUACCUAUGAUGUUAAAUCACCUAGAUUGCAAUGGAAAUGAAUCUACCUGACUUUGAUUGCCCUCACUGACAAGUAGAAAUCUCUUCCAAUCGUCACUGUCAACAUUCUAAAGAUGCGGUAGCUGUUACUCAAGUUGCCCUACUCUCAGCAGAAUGGUAGGAUUAUCUACUCUGGUGACACAACGGAGCCUUACAAUUAUCAUCAGUUUAACUCAGAAUAUGAGAUAACGAGUGAAAACAGUGAGAGGACCUGUACUGGCGAUGGUAAAAGUUCAGUGAGAAAGUGGGGUGGAACAACAGCAUGCAGUUUAUUCAGGUUCACAGGACUCAUGGUAUAGAUCUAGUGUCCCCAUUAUACAGUUGUGGACAACCAUGCAUUUGCUCCCAGUAAUGGAGACGUUAAAUGGCCUGCUGGUAUACUACAUUCAAUAGCGUGGCAUACUACAGUUGCAAUUCCUGCUAUCGUCGUCUAGGAGUUUCAUUACAGGGAAAUGGAAAUGGACUUUGGAUACUACCACCUACCUGUGAAAUAAUAAUGUUUGGUUGGGCUGAGAGGGUUCCAUAACUUUUGUAACUUGGAUUUCAUGACAUUUGUAUGCCUCCUCAUAUUCUCAGUUUGCUUUUAUGCAAUGCUAUAUGUAAUUCUGUGAAAAUUGUCAUAUAAACGAGUUUCUAUAGCUAUAUUGGUUAUUGGACAUAAUUUUAUGGUGUGAUCGUAUCAUGAUCGUAUCAUGAUAAGUACAACUGGUUACCUUUAUGUCAUUUUUUUAUCUGAUUCUCGUGUGAUUGUUGGAGUUGUCUUCAACGCAUUCUUUAUUGACUUUCCUUGCUUUGUAUUAAAUAUUGUCGCCAUGAUAACCUUAUGCGGCUGUUUUACAUGCAUGAGAUCAUUUCAUCAAAGCCCUAAAACAGAAUACUCUUCAUUUUUCCUCUGGCCAUCUAACAAUGAUAAUUGUGGCCAUUUUCCUAGGGUAAAACAUAAAAGGAAACCUGAACAAUGCCAAUGUUAUCCAAUACGAUGGAAAUGUGUGACACACUGACAGUGCACUUUCAUGUAGAUUAUGUAGAUCUACAGCAGAGCUAUUUUAGAAUAUAGAGUUGCUGAUAUAUCGAUCUACAUGACUUGUACAAGUGAAUGAUGACCUUUAGUGUUGUUAACUUUUUACAAUUUAUUUUGUCUCUAACCCUUUGCUAUCCAUUUGGAUAUGCACAACAAGUUUGGUUUACCCUGGGAUCAGGCCCUGGAAUCACCACUAACAACACUGAGAUCCUCAUGACUCACAUUGGAGAAGAUGCUGUUGGUGGUUACUCUCUCACUUGUAACACUGACCACACUGCCUGCUGUAGAAGUGCUGACAACAUUGGUACUGGAUCACUAGGACAGUGGACGUAUCCUGAUGGGAGUUUAAUACUGAACAAUAAGGACUCAGCGACUGCUGGACAGCAGUUCUACAGGGUAAGGAAUGGUCCUCAGCUCAUCAAGCUGCGUCGUAGACAGUCUAGCAACCUCCUCACUCCAACUGGUUCCUACUGUUGUACUGUACCAACUACUGGAGGAGAUAUGACCCUCUGUGCCAACCUGGUCGUGUGUUACUCCCUUCUUCCCCCGACCAAUGGUGUGAUCACGUACUCUGAUCCAACACUUGGUGAAGGGACUGUAGCCACCUACACCUGUAAUUCAUUAUACACCCUCAAUGGAGACAGCACCAGAACUUGUGGGAGUGAUGGGAGUUGGAGCGGGUCAACUCCAGCUGGGUGUAAAAAGAAUGCUCGACUGGCAGCAUCCAAUGAGCCCGACGGCACUGACCACACUGGAGAGAUCAUCUCGUUCUCUGAUGUUGGAUCAGGAGUUGAUGGUCAACCACGUCCCUGGUAUUGCUACACCUUCCCUGGUCGUGCUGUGUGGCAGUUCCCUAAUGGGAGUGCAUUUCCCAUAAACCUAACCAAAGGGGUUGCAGUUGGGGACGAAGUGUUUAUCAGUGGUGUACAUGAUCCUGAUGCCGUUGUUCUGCAUCGUGGUCCUUCACACUUCAGUCCUGAUGGCGAACACUGCUGUGUGAGGCUUAACACCAAUGAGAGGAGAUGUGUCACCUUCACUCCCUGUCCCACACUGAGUCCUGUGUCUAAUGGAAUGAUCUCGUAUGAUGCAGCCUCUAACGUAGCCACCUACACCUGCGACACUGGGUACACUGUGACUGGUACCAUCUCAUCCAUUACCUGUAAUGAGGUUACAAUGCAAUGGAGUAGCACUGAGAGACCCACUUGUGAAUUACUUUGUCCAGACCUCACUGCACCAGACAACGGAGGAGUAAUGUACAGUCACACCACCACCCCCAGAGCUGAGGACUCCACGGCUACCUACACCUGUGGCAGUGGGUACCAAAUAACUGGACUGAUAGUGAGGACCUGUACUGCCACUGGAUGGAGCACUGGAGAUGACCACGUCUGCACUGCUGUGUGCCUGUCUCUCCCUCAUCCGACCAAUGGAAUGAUAUCCUAUUCUGACCCAACACUGGGUGUGGGGAGUGUGGCCACUUUCUCCUGUGACCCUGGAUUUAUGAUCAGUGAUGCAAUCCGCAGUACCAGUGAUUGUCGAGCGGAUGGACAGUGGAGCUCUAUCCCUCCUACAUGUAUGGGAAGUUGCCCUGCUCUAAUUGAUAUUGAGAAUGGAAUGGUUACCUACUCUGGUGACACAACGGAGCCUUACAUUUAUGGAACAACAGCUGUGUGUGAGUGCAACCUUGGGUAUGAGUUAACAAGUGGAGACAGUGAGAGGACCUGUACUGGUGAUGUUAGGAGUUCGGUGGGAGAGUGGAGUGGAGCAACAGUAGUUUGUUCAGUUGUGGACUGUGAACAACCUACUGCUCCCAGUAAUGGAGAAGUUAGCUUGCCUGCUGGUACUACAUUCAGUAGCGUGGCAUAUUACAGUUGCAAUUCCUGCUAUCGUCGUCUAGGAGUUUCAUUACGGAUUUGUGGAGGAAAUGGACUGUGGGUCCCAGCCCCACCCACCUGUGAAAUUCUUGAUUGCGAUCGACCUCCAGAUCUUGUCAAUGGAAUAAUCACAACACCUUACACAACAACUUGCAGCAGUGUGGUCACCUACAGCUGUGACAGAGGCUAUUUACUGGAGGGAGUUAGCUCACGUUCCUGUCAGACUAAUGAAGAGUGGUCUAAUGGAACAGCACUCUGCAAUCCUAUUGACUGUGGCAGCUUGAGUAGUCCUGACAAUGGUGGUGUAGUAAUGUUGUCUGGCUCUACCUUCAUGAGCAGAGCAACCUACUCUUGCGACAAUGGGUACCCACUAAGAGGUCCUGCAGUACGUACUUGUGGACCUGAUGGACGAUGGUCCCAAUAUCCACCUAGCUGUGAACCUGUGGACUGUGGUGCAUUGAUUAAUCCAACUAAUGGACUAGUGGACACAUCGUCUGGAACCACUUUCAUGGAUAGAGCUACCUACACUUGCAACAUAGGCCAUAAUCUUGAGGGAACCAGCUCAAGAAUAUGUUUAGCAAGUGGAAUGUGGAGUUCUGUACAGCCAACUUGUGAAGUUGUUGACUGUGGAGCACUUGAAGACCCCACAAAUGGUAAAGUUGUGAUAGUGCAAGGAACCACUUUUGACCAACCAGCUGUGUACUCUUGCAAUGAGGGGUACACGCUAAAUGGAGAUGCCAGACGUACUUGCACUGCUAGUGGGCAAUGGUCAGGGUCAGCCACAUCAUGUGAUUCCGUGGAUUGUGGUGAUCUCGAGGCUCCAGCCAAUGGUUAUGUUUCCACAUCUCAAGGCACUCACUUUAUGGACACUGCCGUGUACAGUUGUGCCCCAGGCUACGACCUCACUGGAUGUCCCGAGGCAGUGUGUCAGUCCAAUGGCACCUGGUCAUGUAACCCUCCUUUCUGUGCCGACAAUGCAAUGAUCCAAUUCAAUUUCGGGCCAACUAGCUAUUGUGUGGAGUGGAAUGAUGAGAAGGUUAAAUUGAUGUACAAGAUCAUGCACAUUGCCACCACCAAGGCAGUAGGAAAGAGUGGACAUGACAUUCCCAUAAACAACAUUCAACCUGGCUACUUCGUAUGUUACAAAUCCACAACAAGGACGACCUAUCGAACCACGAUCACUGGUACGAAGAGUUUGAGUGCUGUCGAGUAUGCUGAGUUAAUUAGCGAGUGGGUGAAGUCUGGAGUGACAACCAGGGUGCUUUGGUACGCUAUCAAGAUGGACAAGGCCUGUCCAGUGGUCAUUACCUCCAUGGACAAGGAUGAGUGUGAAUAACUCUACCAAGUACCUAGCUUGCUAUAUAGAGAGAAGUUUAACGUGUUUGUUAGCCGAAGCUUUACUUAGUUGCGUCUAUAAGGAUAUUGAAGUGUGUCUGAGAUCAAUGUACUGAGUUGAUGAUUUCUUG